AUGCCCACGCGCUUUUUCGAGCCCUCUUUCAUCUGGAACCGAGCUCCGAGCUCGGGCCGAAAAGGAGUACUUUCCCGUUUGCUCGGCGAGCUCACACUCAGCGAGUCCAUCGAGAAGAUCGGUUUGAACUGCGAAGACGAGGAGCACGACGAGCUGAAGACGUUGAGCAUUCAGGAUUCGAACGCGAAGGUGAGCAGUGAGCCCAGAGCUCCGAGCUACGAACCAAGACCUUUUUAGAUUUCAUUUCUGUUCCAAUGGAAACACGAGCAGGAGAAGCAGCUAAUUUCCGGAGACGAGGCGGCGGAACUGCUCUCGCUGACUUUGCAAAGAUGCAAUUAUCGAGUUGGAGAGCUCUUUUUGGACUUGGUAAGAGAGCCGAAGGGGAAUCCAAAGAGUUCACUGGGAUCAGAAUGGUUUCAGAAGGAUCUGGAGCCUCCGAAGAAGUUGGAGAGUCUUCUAGAAGUGAGCAAAAUUCAUUUACGAUUGGCCUCCGUGGAUUCCAUCCAAAAAUGGCUCAAGCUGAUUGCUCCGAACGGGCUCGAAGAGUUGAACAUCUCACCAUUCGGAGAUGAGCCGGUUGAUGUUCCGAAAGAGGUUUUUGAGCUUCCGCACGUGAGUUGGUUACAGUAAUCCUCAUCUCUUCACUUAAUUCCAGUUUAGCAAGUGUCAAGUGCUCCGAGUAAUGGAGCAUUGCUCUUUUACCCCCCGUCAAUUCCUCGCUCUCUCCACUUCCGUUCCUCAUUUCUCAUUUUAUUCGAACGUCAUCUCGGAGAAUCUCAUGCGAGACGCCAUCAAAGUGAGACCUUCAGAAUAAAGGCCCGUAAUGUGAUGAUUUUCAGAGGCGCAUUUCCGGCAAGAACGAGUUCGUCGUGCUCGAGUGGUUCUUCUCGAAAAGAGUGGAAGUGGAGAAGGUGCUGAAGGAGUUGGUCAUGCCCAAAGGGGACCGAAAGUGAGUACGGUAGCCGGCGGCGAUGUUAGUCGUUGAUUUCAGGGAGAGGUUCAGUGCUCAGACGCAGAGUUUCGAGCCGGUCGAGGUGUACUCGAUGGUCCAGGACGACGAGAAACCGAAGAUGUCGCUGAUGGUGGCGGAGGACGGAGCCACUCAAAAGCCGUACAGUCUUGCUCUCUACGCGUCUUCCUAA